UUUCUAUCUCUCUCUCGCAGAGACAAAAUAAACAAAUCCGAGAAAUACUCAGACAAUCACCGAAUACCACAAGACUGCUCUCUCUCUCUCUCUCUCUCUCUCUCUCUCUCUCUCUCUCUCUCUUUCCACAAAUAAAAAUUGUAACUUUUUUAUUUUCUUCUCGAAAAGUUUCCGCUUUUUUCUCGCUGGAGAAGAAGAAGAAGAAGAAGAAGAAGUGAGAAAAAAAAAAAAGAAUCAUUGAUAUGGCUGAUCCGGCGAUUAAGCUGUUUGGGAAGACGAUUCCUUUACCUGAGCUUGGUAUUGUUGUUGUUGAUUCUUCUUGUUCUAGCUUUACCGAGAAUCAUGAUCAGAAUCCUCUUGUUCGGUUAUCAGAUUCGUGUACCGGAGAUGAUGAUGAUGAAGAUGAGAUGGGUGAUUCUGGUUCAGGUGAAGGAGGAGGAGGAGAGAGCGAGAGUGAUAAAAAGGAAAUCCAGGAAGGAAAAGAUAAUGAGUGUCAGGAAGAGUCAUUGAAGCAUGAAUCUAAUGAGGUUACUGCGACAUCGGGUGUAAAUGACAAAACAGAAACAACAAAGGCUGCAAAGACGAAUGAAGAGUCGUCACCGAAUGAGACGGGUGGUGGUACUACUACUGCUUGCUCUCAAGAGGCGAAGUUAAAGAAACCUGACAAGAUUCUGCCUUGUCCGCGAUGUAACAGCAUGGAAACCAAGUUCUGUUACUACAACAACUAUAAUGUUAACCAACCUCGUCAUUUCUGCAAGAAAUGUCAGAGAUAUUGGACAGCUGGUGGAACGAUGAGGAAUGUUCCGGUUGGUGCAGGGAGACGCAAGAACAAGAGUCCGGCUUCUCAUUAUAACCGUCAUGUUAGCAUAACAUCUGCGGAAGCUUUGCAGAAGGUGGCGAGAACCGAUCUUCAACAUCCUAAUGGUGCGAACCUUCUCACUUUUGGCUCUGAUUCAGUACUCUGUGAGUCCAUGGCUUCUGGUUUGAAUCUUGCUGAGAAGUCGAUGCUGAAAACACAAACCACAUUACAAGAACCUAAUGAAGGUUUGAAGAUUACGGUUCCUUUAAACCCGCCAAAUGAAGAGGCUGGAACUAUCAGCCCAUUGCCAAAAGUUCCAUGCUUCCCUGGACCACCACCAGCUUGGCCGUAUGCGUGGAACGGAGUUUCAUGGACGGUUUUACCGUUUUAUCCUCCACCUGCUUACUGGAGCUGCCCGGGAGUUUCACCAGGGGCAUGGAACAGUUUCACCUGGAUGCCGCAACCUAAUUCACCAUCUGGCUCCAGUCCAAAUUCUCCAACACUAGGUAAACAUUCACGUGACGAGAACGCUGAUGAAGCUUGUGAAGAAACUGAGUCACUUGGUAGAGAGAGAAGCAAACCCGAGAGAUGCUUGUGGGUUCCCAAGACGCUGAGAGUCGAUGAUCCAGAGGAAGCUGCUAAAAGCUCCAUCUGGGAGACAUUAGGGAUCAAAAAAGACGAAAACGCAGACACUUUCGGAGCUUUCAGAUCAUCAACCAAAGAAAAAAGCAGUCUUUCUGAAGGAAAGCUUCCGGGAAGAAGACUGGAGUUGCAAGCAAAUCCUGCUGCUCUUUCUAGGUCAACAAACUUCCAUGAGACCUCAUAAAAGGAAGUACCAAAAUUAAGAUGCUGAUUUGAUUGUUUUUUGGGUUCAGUCUUGUGUUCCAAGAAAGCAGGUGAGUCCUUUUGUACAUAUACUAUAUAUAAAAAUAUAUAUACACAGGUAUGUGUAUAUGUAUAAUGGUUGACAUAGCGAGGGAGAAGUAGUUCUUUUUUGGGUUGCAGAGUGAAAAGUUUGUUGUAUCAUAUAUGGAAAACCCCAAAAACUGUAGUUAAAUAAAUCUUGCAAGAAAUAACUUAUUUUCCAUACAAA